AUGUCAACCCAAAGAGCGUCGGCUUCCGACUUCACCCAGAAAUGCGCUACCAGCUAUGGUCUUAAGGGCUGGGUCAGAAACACUACUUGCGGACGGGUCGAAGGCGAGGCCCAGGGCAGCGAUGAGAUCAUGAAAAAGUUCUUCCAGCAAAUCGGCAAGGGGCCCCGUAUGGCUCAUGUAGUGAAACUUGAGAAGCGAGACAUGGACGUCCGGGAUGACGAGGAUCACUUUGCUGUUAUGAGGACGGGGGAGUCUAUGUUUGAUUCGGAGAGCUAG